UCUGGGAAAUGUCUAUAAAAGAAUGUGAGAAAAGAUGUAGAGAAAGAAAUUGGUGUAAAUGAUAAAUGAUAGGUAUUGUAAUAGUAAAGGAAAAAGGGAAAAGAAACAGAGAUUGCAUCAGAGAAAAAGCGCCGAGGAAAGCAAGACAUGAACAACCACACUCUUCCUCUUCUCCCUCUGGAAAUGAUCAGAGAAAUUCUUCUGUUAUUGCCGGUGAAAUCCCUUUUGCGUUUCAAGUGUGUUUCCAAGUCAUGGCUUUCUCUCAUUUCCGAUACCCAAUUUGGCGUUUCCCAUUACGACCUAGCUGCCAAACCCACCCAUCGAAUCCUUAUGAGAUCAAACGAUUUUUAUGCUCAAUCCAUUGACAGAAACGCACCGUUUAUAGAUCACGGAGAGGGUACUCUGUGUUUGCUUCGUGCUGUGCAUCUCCUUCUUCCCCCUCCUUCUCCCCCUCGCAUUCCAGAUUUUUUUCACUUCGAUGAUUUUCGCAAUCAGCCUCACAUUUUGGGCUCCUGCAGAGGGUUUGUUCUCUUGUACUACGAGAGGAGCGAUGAUCUCAUUCUCUGGAAUCCCUCAAUUGGUGUUCAUAAACAAUUACCACACUUUCAAUAUGAUAACAUAACCCGUGAGUUCCUCUAUGGUUUUGGGUAUGACCCAUCUAAAGAUGACUAUUUGAUUACCAUUAUUCCAUUCUCGUCAUCGUUUUCUGCUGAAAUUGAAACCCACGUUUUCUCCUUCAAAACUGCUUCCUGGAACAGUGUCCUUGUCAAUGUUCCAUAUUCAGAUCCUGGCAAUUGUCUUGCUUUCAGAGCUGGGUCACUCUUCAAUGAAACCCUUCAUUGGUUGGUUUUGUCCAAGGAGAAAAAGGUUCUUGUCAUUCUUGCCUUUGAUCUGGUACAGAGGAGUUUUUCAGAGAUUUCUCUCUUGGAUCAUUUAUCUACGGAAAAAUGUCGAGUUUGUGGUUUGAGGGUAAUGGGAGGAUGUCUCUCUGUGUGUUACUCGGUCGAAGGCAGUGGAACUACUGAAAUAUGGGUGAUGAAAGAAUACAAAGUGCAGUCUUCUUGGACUAAGCUCAUUGUUGUACCUACUAGUGACUUUUCCCCGAUAUGCAUCACCAAAGAUGGUGGAAUUUUUGGAUCGGAUAUGAGAAGUUUAGAGAAGUAUAGCGAUAAAGGAGAGCUCCUAGAGCAUCGUGCAUAUGGUGUACAAGAAGAGUUGUUCUACUGUCUCAAUCUACAGUGUGCUUGGUAUAGAGAGAGUUUAAUGUCACUUCCCACUGUCAUUCGGAAUACAAGUGAAGAUGACCAUCAGCAACUGAUAAGAAAAAUUAGGGCCGCAAAAUUGACAAGAAUAUAUAGUUAGCUCGAUGUCACUUCCUUCAAUUGGUGACACUACCAGCAGAAAGCAACUUGGAAGAGAAUGUCAUGUGUAUCUAUGAUAUUAAAUUAUCUUAUCCUAGUGCAGAACUAGCGUCCAUUUUAGUGGCGAUUUCAGUAGAGUUGCAGUAUGACCAGACCUUAACUAUGUCCCAAAGGUGGAGUUAGCAAAACUUUUAUGGGAUUAUUGCUUGCAGUUUGUUCCUCCAAGGCUCGUUUACGUAGAUCUUAUAUCCAAACCCUAGUUACUUGAUUAUUUACCUCGAUUUACCAACCCCAUUACCAGUCUUACUAAUUAAUGACCCCGUAGCCAUACUCGCUUUAUAUGUUGUUGUUUUCUAACAAUAAACUUCUCGGCUUUUAUUUCAAAGCCAUCAAAUGUUAGUUACAGAUUUUGUUUAUUUAAUCAAUUGGCACUUUUAGACAUCUAUUCGUUGUCAUUUACGGCUUCAGAUAAGUCAUCUCACUCAGUUGCUGCAGUAUAUCAUAAUCCGAAGUUUCCAUCAACAACUCAAGGAUUUAAAGAAAAUAAUAACAAUUUGCAA